AUGUCGACAACUUUUGCAAACUAUCGUCGACAUUAUGAUACGUUAGAAAUUCCUCAAGAUGCGGAUCGUGGUUUAAUAAAAACACAAUUUUACAAAUUAUCAAAAAAAUAUCAUCCGGACGUUAAUUUUAAUGAUGAAAAAGCACACAGCAAAUUUUUACAAAUUAACGAAGCGUAUUCAAUUUUAGGUAACGAGCAAAGUCGAAGAGAGUAUGAUCGUUCAUUGUCACAUCAAAGCUUACGUAGUAAUAGUAGAAAUCCCAUAAAUAAAACAUCAAUUCAUUUCCGUCCUAAAGUCAGAAGGAACCGAAAACAAAAUUAUGGAAUGUAUGGUAAUCCAUCAGAAGGGACGACAUUUGAAUCAAACUUUGAAUCAGAUCAAAAAUAUCAAGGUCAACGAAAGAAAUUGAAAUUUAAUUUUAAUGAACAUUUUCAAAGACAUUAUGAGGUUGAGAAAAAAAGGGCGCAGGCUUCAGCGGAAAAAGAAAAAGAGAUAGAGACUAUUAAAGAACAUUUACAAUUAAAUCGAAGGUUUACGCGAAUAGUUUUAUUGGUUGGUCUUUUAAUGAUUGCUGGUGGGGGAACUACUGGAAACACAAAAAGUAUUCAAAUGAUUCCGGUCAUAAUGAGUGACCCAAAAAUUAUUCCUAAAGAACCUAGCACGAAUAAUACAGCAGCCAAAAUAAUGGAAUUCCAUGGAACUAGUACGAUCAAAAAAGAAAAACGGUGA